GACAAUAAGUUACUCGUUAUCGUGAUCAUACAAAACGUAUUACGUAAUAGACCGCCGUGUUCUCACAUGGAUCCGAAGGUGACUCUUGUGACAGCGUAUAUUCAGCAUCAUAAACAAACGAGCCGACCCAGUCGUUCAUUUAGAUCACGACAAUGGACGAAUUCAGCGAUUCGGAGAGUCCAUCUCUAUCGUGUUUCGCACUGAUGCGCAAGUUUUUCGUCUUUAGUUUUGUAUUUCCUGUCGUUAUUUAUUUCCUAUCGAUCGGCUGUGGUGCGCUUCCGACGGCAUUUCUUACACAUGAGGCGGAGCAGCAUGGCGUUAGCUCUACGGUCAGCGGAUUGAUCUUCGGAAUUUACUCAUUGGUCGCCUUCAUGGCUUGUCCUGCCAUAGGCACAUAUCUGAUUCCAAGGUUCGGUCCAAAAGCUGUCUUGAUGUGCGGACUCGUGGUGAAUGGAGCGGCUCAGCUAGCGUUUGCUUUUACUAUACGAUUGCCGAAGGGCGCAGUGUUUGCCGGGAUAUGUUUCCUUAUACGGGCAAUCAGCGCACUGGGCGCGGCUGCGUGCGAAAACAGCGUCAUCUCUAUCACGAUUGGACAGUUUAGAAGCCACGUGCCCACAGUUAUGCAGAGUGUUGUCGAGAUGAGUUCAGGCCUUGGCUUCACUGUAGCGCCAGUCCUGGGCGGAGCACUAUUCGAGAUCGGUGGCUGGAAAGCUCCAUUUCUUGCUGUGUCAUGCUUCCUCGUGCUUUCCGUGUUUCUUGUUUGGUAUUUUCUACGAGACGUAACAGAAGACUUCGCAGAAAGUCAAGUUAAUCUGAAGAAAGCGUUGAAGGUACCUGGCGUGGUGAUCACAAUUCUAGUACUUAUAAUAGGAACAAUCGCCUACACGUGGUUCAAUGUGACUCUCGACCCGUACGGCAAGGACGAGCUCGGUCUUAACUCAGCAGAGAUCGGGCUUCUGUUUUUAAUCCCUGCCCUUUCCUAUGCGCUAUCUACGCCGGUAGCAGGCUACGUUUGCGCAAAAACGCGUGCCUUUAGGACAUGCAUGAUUAUUGGCUUCUUAGUGCUUAGUGCUGGUCUGAUGAUGACUGGACCGGCUCCAUUCUUCACUCUACUCCCUCAAAGGAAGGUGUGGCUGUUGGGCGUGGCGCUGGCUGUGAGUGGGGUGUCCUGCACCCUGUGUUUCGUACCCGCCAUGCCAGAGAUGCUACAUUGCUGUUACGCUAGAGGUUUCCCAGCCGACGCAUCGACAGACUCUCUACUUUCCGGAUUACUCACAGGAGCACAGAAUCUCGGAGGCUUCGUUGGACCAGUUUUGGGUGGGGCUCUAAUGCAGUAUUUCGCCUUCCGGUGGACAGCAGCGAUAAUUGGAUUUGUGACACUUUUCCAGAUGGCCGUCUUAAUCAUAUAUGGUAUAUGCACCAGACAAAAUCAGCUGGAUUAUGAAGAAACUAGACCAUUAAUUAUAAAUUAAUUAAUUUGAAAAAUUAAAGAUUGAAGAACCUUUGUAAAAAA